AUGGCCGAAUUCCUCAGCAAGAGAGAACGAAGGAAGAGUCUCAGCGUCUUCAGUCCAUCCUCCACAGCCUCGUCCCCGCUGAUUCGUCCUCCCCAUAUCCGUACACCUUCAGACGAUACCCUGACCAGGGAUAAAAAAGCCCGCCGCAAUUCAGGUUUCUUUGGUCGGGCGCAGAGCCCAAGUAGGAAGACAAAUGGUCCUAAUGUUCUUCGUCGACCAGGGUCAGCAGGAGGGGACUCUGCGGCUUGGUCUGCGGCGAUGUCCUCGACACCCACCCUAGAGAUUCCACGCCCACGCCGAAAAUCACUACAGAAGAAACGCCCCUCGGUCUUUGGUUCAUUAAAAUCAAUGCACUCGGUGGAAGAUGAAGAUCCAUUAAGUGCAUCUGUGGGUUCUUUGGGCGACAAUCAAAGCGUCAUCAGUCCUCGAAACGGCAUUUGGUCUUCCUCAAUCCUCCAUUAUGGUGAAAUCCAGACCACUGGGGGCAUGUGGAAGCGAAAAAGUCAAUAUCUCGUGUUAACUGAUACGCAUUUGGUUCGUUUCAAGAACCAGAGUAAAGCUGCGGAUUCCUUUCCUUCAAUCCCGCCUUCCUAUAACGCCCGUGCUCCGGCGUCGCACCGUCAAUCCGUGGCCUCUAUCAGUUCAAUGCAGGACAUGCAACUGAUGGCCUCUACCGAAACUUCAGCCGGUAUCCCGCUGAAUAGCAUCAUUGCUGUCUACAUGUUGGAGGAUGCACGACUAUCACCUACGGUGGAGGUGGCCUAUCUGGAUGAACGGACGCACAAAGCUUCCUUAAUCCAGAUGCAAACACCUGAUUUUCAAGAGUUGAACCUCUGGAUGGUUGGUAUUCGCCAGGCAGCGCAGUUGACACGAGCAAACGACCCAUUGCCCUUCGAUCGAGGCGCCGUGGAGUAUGUAACCAGGAUGCUGGAACACGAACGAGAUUACGAUCCGGCUUCAUUCCGAAUGUUCCGCGUUAUACAGAUUGCGUCAAGUAAAUCUCCAACACGUUCUUCGUCUGAGGAUCUGACUAAAUUGUCUCCGACGGGUUGUUAUCUGGCAAUUGGCUUGCAUAAAGUGCAUUUGAUCCCGAUGCAGAAAGCGACCAAUCGGUCAUCAGUGGUGUCCCUCUCUGAUAUGGAGACUACUACUUCAUUUGGCUUGAUGAACUUGACUGGUUUAUCUAUGGAAUAUGGAGAUGAUAGUCUGCAUUUAACCUUCCGGGUACCAUUAAGGAAGUCAUUCAACGUCUUCUUGGCUUCUGUCCAUUCUGUAGAGAUCGCGUGCUGGCUUCGGCAACACACCGAGUUCCUACGCCCACUGUGGACCAGGCAGCCGUAUGAAUUUGUCGUGCCACCUGACUUGCGCAACGCCGACAACUUCCCACUCGUACCUUUGGAUGAGGACUACGGUUGUUUUGAUCGGACUUUGGUGGCCUAUUCAGCCAGUUAUGAUGUCGAUACUUCGAACAUUCGCUACACCAUUGACUUGGAAUGCGAAGAUGCUCCGUGUUUCCGCCUCCUCCGGCCAGCCUCCACCAGGGUAUCAAGAUACAAUGCGUUGGAGCUUAUCGCUGUCAUGCGUGCGCUUCGAUAUAAUGAGUCAUUCCGGUCCAUCUCAUUCCGCGGUAUCAACCUAGAUGCCCUCCAAGGAAUCCGUGAUCUCCAUGGGGUGGAUCCCGAUGUUCACCUUGAUAGGUCCGGAUGUCUGGUGGAAAUCCCUGGCCAAGGAAACUUGUCCGUUUUAUCACAGGAAGUACGUGCAUUGGCCCUAAAGAGCACAUGGCUAUGUCGUUUGGACUUUGCUUAUUCUUUAACGCGAACGCCAACUCUGGACAAAGGUAGCCGGGACCCGGGUUGUGGAAUUCCCGAGGCAAUUUUCCCGGUCUGUCGGCGUGGGAUGACCAGUGUCGACUGGGUUGUUUUAAACGGUAUCAAGCUCGGCGAGUCGGAUCUGGAUUAUCUCGUUGAUGCUGCUUCACAGAGCCAGAGUCACCUGCGCGCAUUGGAGGUUGGGGACUGUGGACUCUCUGUACAUGACUUGGAUCUUAUAUUGUCUACUUUGGUGGCACAGGAAUCCACACUGGAGGCAAUCAACAUCUCAGGGGUGCAAGGUCGCCUGAACCCCGAUGUGCUGCAGCAAUACAUUGGAUACUUUGGUCAAAUCCGCAAGAUCAACCUCUCUCGCAUUUCGCGCACAUCUGGUUCGGAGCCGCUGAUCACAGCAGAGAUGCUGUUCAAUUGGCAGCUGGAAGAACUGAUUCUCAGUCGCACAGCCGUCAAUCGUGAGACUGUCGACUCGAUUGCUACAUACUUGGCCAGCGAUCGUUCACGGAACCUUCGUAUGCUUCGACUAGAUCAGUGUGGUCUCAGUGGGGAGGAUGUUGCCAUGUUUAUGCACUCGAUGUCUGCGGGACCAGAUGCUCCGCGCACUCUUCAUUUGCAUGUCAAUGAAAACAGGCUGGACAAUGGAUGUUCCUUCCUCUUUGAUGCAAUUGCUAAGAACGUGACCCCAUCCCAUCUGUCGAUGCAGAUGAUCGAUUUCAAGAAGGAGGAUCAAUUCCGGCAGCUUGUAGAUGCUCUUCGAAAGAACACUACAAUCCGGUACUUGGAUAUUUCCAAGGCAUCGUUGCCUUAUGAUGCUGGUCCUGAUACUUGCAAAGCACUGCAACGCAUGUUUGAAGAGAAUAACACUCUCGAGGCUCUAGACAUCAGCGGCGAAAACGCACACCUCGACGUUGCUCGAUUUGGCAUUGGACUCAACCUAGCACUGACUGGUCUGAAAAAGAACACAUCUCUCAAAGUUCUCCGCAUAGAGCAUCAGAAAUUAGGCCUCCAGGGUGCGAGUACACUGGCUUCUGUUUUGGAAGAUAAUGAUUAUCUGCGCGAGGUACACUGCGAGAACAACGAUAUUAAUCUUCAAUCAUUCACGGUUUUGGUAAACGGUCUUCAGUGCAACCACACUUUGUUACACCUUUCCGCCAUGGAUAGAGACCGGGCUCUAUCGCUUGAUAGAGUACGUCGAGAGGUUGAUAGUGUUCGUUGGGAUACUAGCGCAGUACAAAACUCCACGGCAAAUUCGAUUCGUCGCUCAUUACAUUCGGCGAUGGGCGUUCGGUCUAGUGGGUCGAAUAGUCAUCGCUUGAUUAAGAAUGCACCAGCUCAUUCUCCAUCAUCAUCCUUCGAUUCCACGGCAUUCGCUAGUCAAAAUGUGGAUUUGGUCUUACAAUCUUUGCAACGCAAAUGGGACAUGGAAAUUGUUCGCCUUCAACGAUACCUUUCCCGAAACUACAACAUCUCUCAUGGAAUUGUAGAUUCAGAUGUCGAUGACGGUGCCAGUGACGGACGCCCUGCAACUGCGGCCAGCUUAGGAACCAUGUUGGACAACCUGAAAUUUGAAGUAGCCGUAUCAGCGGAUGAAGUGCACGCCAGUCCCCCCGAGGAGCCUGUUGCGCCUAUUCAACUUCCCACACCAAACCCCGAGUCUCUUCCUAAGACCAAAUUGGAGUCUAAGCGCAAGAUCGGGGGCAAAGCCACUCGAAUGAAAAGUGUGCCUAAUCUUCGGCCUCAUACUUCCCACGCUGCACGUGGAUCUCAUAUUCUUCCUCCUGAGUAUGGUUCGUCGAGUGCAUCAUCUGCUCGUUUGGCAGCGCCUGUUCCUGCAUUGCCUUCAGCGAUUACCAAAGCGAACAGUGUUCGCAGUGCACGCAGCUCUAGUACUACCUCAACCAAUACCGGUAGUACUCGCAGCGCCUACGGUAUGGCAUCCUCUACUUUGAGAGGUUUUCUUACCGGAAGUGCCCUGAAGGACCGUCGCCGAGUCGAGGCGAUGCGUCCUGUUUGUGUCUCAAAUGACAAACCCCCUCAGCUGGACUGGUCACCACCCAAGCUGGACUUGCCGGAGCUCUAG